AGAUUUAGAUUUCACUCUUUCCUGCUUCUGCACGACGUAAGCGCCAAAGACUCCCCCGCACGUCGCUUCUCCAUUCCACCGUAGCUCCUUCUUUUCUUCUGUUCUCUUCACCAAACAAAGUUCUCCUUCUUCCAUUUUGCUUCGUUCAUUUCUCCUUUUCACACACACGCAACAGACCGAGCAAAGGGCAAAGGGCAAAAAAUGGGUCUUCUUCCACCGUUCGUUGGCGCUGUGAUCUUCUGCGCCCUGCAGUUCACCGUCUUCCUCUUUGUCCUGGUGAGCACCCCCAUUGACCAGCUCAAGUUCAAGGGAUCGGACGCGUGCUGGACCUUCUUUGGGGCCAAGAUCAAAUGCAGCAAUGCGAAGCGCAGCGCGACGGGCAUCGAAGCCUUUGGCUGCGCACACCGCCGCAACAACAUGAACGGCGGGGCGGCCUUCGCGAUCUUCUCCAUCUGUACCACACUGGCCGCUCUCGUCUUCGGCAUCCUUAUGCUUCUGCGCAUCCCCUGCGCCGUCCUCAUCCCUCUCAUCCUCACGUGUCUGUCGGUGUUGACGAUUCUCAUCAGCUGGGCCUGCGUCGCGGGUGUGUACUCGGAGCGGAUGUGCUCGACGUCCACCAGCAACGGAGUGAAGGCGUCCGCCUUUAUGGACUACGGGGCCGGGUUUGGUUUGAUGGUGACGGCGUGGUGCCUACAGAUUAUCAACGUCGUUGUUCUCGUCCUCGUCUCCUUCUUCUAA